AUGUUGCCGGCGCACGAAAAAUCCAAGGCCACUGAUUGGCGGCCCCCGCCCGGAGUGCCCCCAAGCAUCCGCGAGCCAUUUCGCCGACCGGAGCGCAGGAGCUGGCGCCGUCACUGCAUGGUCGUCAUCGUCCUCGCCUGCGCCUUCCUUCUCGCUUACUUCCGCGCCCCGGACUGGACCGGCGAACCUCUGCUCUCGUCCGAUCCAUCGCUGCACAGCAGCCGCCAUCACUGGUCGUCCAGCCAUGGCUCGAGCAACGUCUGGGCGGCCGAGACCCUACCGGCCGGCGAACCGGUCAAGGACCGGUACCUGCUCGGCGUCGGCAAGGCCGACAUCACGGGACCCGUCGUCGAGUUGAACAUGAUGGGCUACGCCGACUUCGGCCAGAUCGGAAGCGGCUUGCGCCAGCGGCUCUAUUCGCGCGCCUUCAUCGUCGGCGACCUCGCCGACCCCGCCGACCGCUUCGUCUAUCUCGUCCUCGACAUUCAGUCGGGCGACACCGCCGUCCGCUACGGCAUCAUCCGAGGCCUGCAGGCUCUGGGGCCUAGGUACUCCAUGUACGGCCACAACAACCUCGCCGUCACCGCCACCCACUCGCACUCGGGCCCGGGCGCCUGGCUCAACUACCUCCUGCCCCAGAUUCCCAGCAAGGGCUUCGACCGCCAGAGCUACCGCGCCAUCGUCGAAGGCUGUAUUCUCUCCAUCCGACGGGCGCACGAGAGCCUCGAACCGGGCACGUUGAGCGUCGGCAGCACGCAGAUCCUCGGCGCGGGCAUCAACCGCAGCAUGUUCUCCUAUCUCGCGAACCCGGCCGAGGAGCGGGCGAGGUACAACGUGAGCGCCGAAAACGACGGAUCCGUCGAGACGGACUUGACCCUGCUCAAUUUCCAGCGGGCCUCGGACGGGAAGAACAUCGGCGUCCUCACCUGGUUUCCCACACACGGCACGUCGAUGCAAGCCAACAACACGCUCAUCACCGGCGACAACAAGGGCGUCGCGGCUGACAUGUUCGAGAAGAAGGUCCGAGGGGGCCACAUGGAGUCCGACGGCUUCGUCGCCGGCUUCUCCCAGGCCAACAUGGGCGAUGUGAGUCCCAACACCCUCGGCGCCUGGUGCGAGGACGGAUCCGGCGAGAUGUGCAAGUUCGAGGACAGCACCUGCGGCAACGGCCGGUGCAACCUCUGCCGCGCCCGAGGUCCCGGGUCCGCCGGGGACGACUACGGCGCCUCGUCGUGCCUCGAAAUCGGCAGGCGCCAGUACCAAGGCGCCCUGGACGUGUACGAGUCGCUCAAGCGGAAGCCCGCCAACGUCCGAGGCGACGGCGUCAAGGCCUUUCACGAAUUCCAUGACAUGUCCACCUUUCACUUUUCCCUGCCCAACGGGUCGGCGGUGCGGACCUGCCCGGCCGCCCUGGGCUACUCCUUCGGCGCUGGCACCUGGGACGAGCCUGGCUCGUACGACAUCGUCCAGCACCUGUCGACCAAGUCGAACUCGUCGGCCUUUUGGAAGUUCGUCACCUGGCUGCUCAAGCCGCCGGGCCGAGACCAGGUCCUCUGCCAAGCGCCCAAGUCGAUUCUGCUCGACGUCGGUGAGGUGAGCACGCCGUACGAGUGGACGCCGAACCUCGUCGACAUUCAGACCUUCCGCGUCGGCCAGCUCGUCAUCAUCGUCAGCUCCGGCGAGGUCACGACCAUGGCCGGUCGCCGUUGGAAGGAGGCCGUAGCCAAGGAGAGCGCGAAGGUGUUGGCCAGCGAGUUGCGAGGCGACGAGCCCGUCGUCGUCCUCGGCGGGCCGAGCAACAGCUACACGCAUUACAUCACGACCGAGGAGGAGUAUGGCGUCCAACGCUACGAAGGGUCGUCGACGCUGUACGGAAAGCACACGCUGGCAGCCUACAUGAAUCGAACGCUCGAGUCGGUCCGGUACCUCCGGAGCCUCGAUGCACCGGCGCGCGCCGUGUCCGAGUCGGUCGUCGUGCCUCCAGACAACAGCAAUCGAUCCUUCAGCUUCAUCCCCGGCGUUCUCUACGACAGGCCGUCGUACGCACGGCAGUUUGGCGACGUCCUCUCCGACGUCCGCACGAGCGCCUUCCACCGGUCCGACACGGUCAAGGCCACUUUCGUCGGAGCCAACCCCCGCAACAACCUGCGGCUCGAGGAAACGUACGCCGCCGUGGAGCAUCGGCAGUCGCCCCGAGGCGAGUGGAAACGGGUGCGAGACGAUUCCGACUGGGAUCUGACCUUUCACUGGAGGCGAACGAGCCACAUCCUGGGCACGAGCGAGGCCGUCAUUGCUUGGAAGAUCGAGCCCUGGUCGCCUCCAGGCGAAUAUAGGCUUCGGUACUACGGGGAUUACAAGUCGAUCACGGGCCGCAUCACGCCGUUUGAUGGCGCGAGCGCGACGUUCCUGGUCGGCUGA